GGCGCUCACCUUCCUGCCUCUGGGUGUCCCUUCAGGCCUUCCCUGACCCCAGCUGCCGCUAUGGGGGAUGGCAGGGGGGAAAACUUCGAUGGUGUGAGCACUGAUCGCCUUAAACUGGAGUUGCUGGAAGAAAUCCAUUUGAAAGAUAUUGUACAACUCUCAAUGCUUGAAAUAAGACACAAGAUAGCAGAACUGGAAUCCAAACUCAGUGAUGAUAAUGAAGGGCAUUGUAAGAUACGACAUUCCACAGAAAUAAGAAACCCAUUCAGAGGACAAGCUUCAUACAAUGAGAAGUUGUGGCACAAAAAAGGUGGGGAAUGGAAAACCCGUUAUGAGACACAACUUGAACUGAAUGAUCAACUAGAAAAACAAAUUAUUUCUCUGCAAGAGAAAAUGGAAAAGAUCCGUGGAAAUCCUUCAGACAAACUCUCUUCUAUCCGUGCCUAUGAAAGAAUGCCAGUGGAAUCUUUAAAUACAUUACUUAAGCAGCUAGAAAAACAAAAAAGGAGUCUUGAAAAUCAAGUCAAAGACUAUGCGUUUAGACUGGAGCAAGAAUCAAAGGCUUACCACAGGACUAACAAUGAACGCCGUACCUAUCUUGCUGAGAUGUCUCAGGCUUCAGGUUCCCAUCAGAUUCCAAAAAGGCAACAACACAUGGAACAACUGCCAAAAAUGAAGGAGAAUCUAGUGAAAAUAGGAAGAUUUAAUCUAGCUCACCAGAAGACAGCAAAUUCCAAGAAAGUACCAGUCAAAAGAGUUACAAGAUCAAGCCAUCUUCCUAAACUCAACCCAUGAUUCCAGAAUUGGGAAGAUUUCCAUUUCUUCUCCCCCUACUUUUGUUUUUUCUUUGCCAUCUAGCAUACUCAACUUGAGAAGCUAAGGUUCAGCACAUUUGUUUCAUGGAAUGAAAUAA